AGUUGCGCACUAAACUUUGCAAACGUCGGGCCGGGCUCAUUAGCCAAACAGCAUCCAGUCGAGUUAUAUAUUAAAUAAAAUGGACUACUCCACAGCCAGAUCAUGCCUGCUGGGAUUCAUAAUUGUGAUCUGCAUGGGCAUUAGCCGGGCAACGCCGCCAUUUCAUUCAUACGUUUAUAAUCCGCAGUACUGCAGCGAUACGCUGAGCGGACGCCAGCUAUAUGUGGGUGAGGUCUUUACGCGUUCCGGCCAAUGUGUGCGCGUACAGUGUCUGGGCACGCUGCAACUGUGGGAGGACAGCUGCAAGGUGCCUGGCGCACUGAAGGGCACCUGCAAUGUCCUGCCGCCGACUGAAGCCAAUCAGGACUAUCCCAAGUGUUGUCCCAUGUACGAAUGCAAGACGUACGAGUCGAAUGCGCAGGGCGAGCUAGAACAAACGAAUACGUAUGAUCAUACUGGUAAUUUGCGCAAAUCACACGUGACCGAGCUGAUUGUCAUCGGCAAGGAUCGGCGACCGCCCGCUCGAAAAUAUCAGGUGUAAGCGCAGCCGUUACAUCCCGUUAUAUUGCUGUGUGUGCAGCGCAUUUGUAGUGUGAUUGUAUCAAUUAGGCCAUAAUUAGUCAUAAAUCAGCUGUAUCGCAAUGUAUUCUUUGUGUCCUUAAUAUUGUAUGUGUGAUGCGCAUAAUUAAAUUGAAUUUAACAAAAUUAAA